GGGGUGGAGCAGUGGGGCGCUCGCAGCGCUCUACCACGGUCCUGGCGAUUGCUAGAUAACCAGACAGUCGCAUACAAAGCGAGGACCGGCGGCAGUUGCAACUUGCAGCCAGCGCUGGAAGGAGCAACUGACCAGCUCGUUCGACCAGCAAUAAUAGCACCGCCAUUCGCUCGCUACUCGACGACAGCAUCUGCCGCUGUCGCGCUAGGGCAAGCAGGUAGACAAGCAGCAGCCUCCAUUCCAAGAUUCGCGGUUCGCGGCAGGCCCUCGCCUCGGCGACCUCUGCCCUAUACCGCAGCGCUGCUAUAGACACAACGACCGUUUUGUCGACUCGACCUGCUGCUUAUGCGUCUCCAAUUUCGCCCCUGCAGCACGUUACUAUCUUUUGCGCGCACACGCCCCAGCCUGCGCACCGCCGCCGCUGAUUCGACGCGUCACUCUACAUGUGGCGCGUCUGCCAGAGUUCUGCCGUGCGCAAUGUCUGCUCGAGUCUCUAGCGCACCGUUUGGCAGUUGCACCGCCGAGCCAGCGGCCCACCGUCACGCGCCUCAUUGGCUGCCUGCGCCGGUGAGCAGGCGCCCAAAACGGCUCACUAGCAGCUCGUCUCUCAACGUUGCCCAACAUGACUAUUGGCCGAGGCACGCCCGCUUGUUGCCUCAUAUAGCUGAGAGCCGGAUCGCCCACGCGAUGCACUGGUCGCGAGUCGCGGACACGACUCUCGGGAGACGGGAUGAGGCCAGGCUGCCCAGCAAGCUCCCAAUGCUCGACAAUCACCACCUGAUCGGCCCUGGCACCUUCGAGAUCGCGGGGCCACAUCGCCGAAACAUCCCAGAGCGUCACCACGAUCCUCCAGGGGCUCCAUCACGGGCCUUCAUCAAUGCGACGGGGCCCAGGUUGCGCGGCCCUGCUUACACCGAGACUGACUGCAGUGGGUCCAUGUGUGUCGCUGCUCGGGGCUGCCAAUUCGAAUAAGAUUGCCACUUCAUGCUGGAACAUGACUUGACGGGCAAUGCAGGCACACCGGGCGAGAGACCGCCUGGGCA